AUGGCCCGCUUUUCCCCGAAGUUCAACACUGAAGGCGAUGGGAAAAAACGGGGCGGUGCCGAGAACCAAACCGAGGGUGCUCAGGCCCCCAAGAGGAGGAGACUAGUCAAAGGCUCUUCCGCCAGCUCCUCCAACCCCGGCGCUCAACCCACCGCCGCCACCGUGGUCAAAGGCAAGAAAGCUGCCUCUGGUGCCGCCACUGCAAGCUCCAAGUCCCCUACUGACGGGACUCCUACCGCCGAAGCUCCCGCCGCUGCGACCACUGAACCUGUCACUGACACGAAUCUCGAUUCUGCUGCCGCUGGUACAGCCACCGGUGCCGCUGCCAAGUCUACCACCAUAGGCGCCACGACAACAACUGCUGACCAGCCCUCAACUGCUGGCAUAAGCGCCGCAGCUGCCCACACAUGCUCCGAUGCCGCCGCCGGGGAGAAAGAAAGGGAAACAGAAAAAGAAAACCCCAAGUCUUCCCUACGCCAUGUCACUCCUCCUAGCCCGCCUCCCACGAACGAUGAGCGUUCCUUGUCUCCCCCACCCCGCCAAGGAGAAAAUCUCUCGCCCGGUGCCGCCACUACUUCCGAGGCAACCCAGAUUGAGCAAGCUCCUGACAACAGAAGUAGUUCUUCCAGCCACUUCAACAUGCUACCCAAUGCUAUUGAGCCCUCAGAGUUCUUGCUCACUAGCCUCAACCGCGACGCCAUAGAAAAAGAAGUGUUGAGCCGAGGCAUCAACGAGACCAAGGAGGAAACCCUUGCCUGUCUUCUACGUGCUGGGUGCAUUUUCGCCCACGCGUUUGAGAAAUUCAACUCCACCGCCGUUGAAGCUGAGCGGUUGAAGGCUGAGAUUUAA